AUGGCUGCUCCACCCAAGCCAUCCGUCUUCGUAGACCUCACUGGCGGCGGCGGCGACGACGACGACGGCGACGACUCGCUCUCUGAACUUUCCGAUGCCCCUGAUCUCUCCACUUCCUCCUCGUCCAAGCCAAAAUCAAAAGGAGCAGCAUUGUCGUCUUCCAAAUCCUCUGUCAACUCUGCCCUCAAACGAUCCGCAUCCUCUUCAAACGUCGCCAAACCAUCCUCCAACGGCUCUACCAAACCAAAGGCGAGAAAGUCGGAACCCACCCCACCCUCUACCUCCAACGCCCAACAGGAGUCCGCCAAAGCCAAAGGAAAGCGCAAACAAGAUGGCGCAGAUGUUGCCGAUCCCAAACAAGCACAGUCGCGCUCUGCACCCCUUAGCGAUGUCGUCCGAUCACGAACACAUGUCAACGACCCCGACGGGCCACUCAAGCUUUGCCACCAACACCACCAGAACUGCAAAGGCGCCCUCCUCGAGUGCACCUUCAUGCGAGCUCCUGGAAAGCGAUGCCAAGGCCGCUUCUGCUUCUCUUCCCUCAAGCGCUUCUACGAUCAGGAUCCAGAGACCAUCGUCAAAUCCAACCGCAUGAUGAUUAACCCCGCAGAGCACUGCCCGCCAACCGAGACAAAGUACGCCUGGAAAUGCCCCAAGUGCCGCGGCAAAUGUGUCUGCUCCGUCUGUCGUAAAGCGGCCGGCCUCGAGCCUCUUGGCAGACCCUUCGGAAGCAAGAAGCCAAAGGAUCCCCCCACCGACGAUGCCGGCCAAGCCAAGUCAACUCAGACCAAGGUCAAGCCAAACGGUGACACGCCAAAGCCAACUUCCACCGCUACAGCAAAGGCGAAAUCGAAGCCCAAAGAUCGCACCCUCGCCGAAGCCGUGGCAGCGUCACACAAACAGGACGGCAAAGCAAAGUCAAAGGCCAAAUCGGCCAACGCAACCGAAGUUGUCGAAGAUGAUGACAUCUCGACGCCGCCUCCUCCCGGCAGCAAACCCAAAAAGACAGUCGCCAGCCUGCUUUCUACCUCCGUCGUCCGCGCACCCGUCCUCAAACCUCUCAAGCCACCCGCCCAAGUCGCGCCUCCCGUCUUCGAACUCAUCCCCACCAAACUGCCCCACGACAACAUGCGCGCACGCAUGUGGAUCUACGAAAGCAUGAUUCGCUUCGACAAGUUUGGCCUCAACAGGACCGUCCUCUCGCAACUCGACCGGUUCGAGCACUGGACGCACUUGAUGGCGCAGGACAUGCUCGCCUGCCUUCUCAAAACCGUCGCUGGCAUGAGCAACAUCGAAAAGGGCCAGCCCAAUAAGCCCUUUGUCCGAGCCAUCACCUCCUUCCGCACCCACGGCAAGAGCCUGCAACGCGGCGAGCCGUGGUCAGCUGCCGUCGAGUUGCUCCACAUCCUUGGUCUCGAACGCGCUCCGCUCGCCUUUGUCGAGCACGACGUACCCGUCGAGGUCGAGGCAGCAGCUGCAGAACGUUCGCCCUCACCGCCACCCGCCACGCGUCUCACGCGAGCACGCAGAGCAAAAGAGACUAACCAGUAUGAGACUGCGCGCCAGCUCUCGCUGCUCGAUAGCUGGGAGGAGGACGAGUUCGGCGACGUCGAGGAUGCGGAAGUCUUGCCUAGCAAGCGUCGACGUGCCACCACCAAAAAAUCCAUCUACGUCUACGACGACCCCAGCGACGACGAGAGUAUGGACGAUCCGGACGACACCUCGCGCAGCCGUCGAUCUGGACGCGCACGCAAAGCUGCCGAGAAGGAAUCUGCGCCAGAGGUCAGGCUCACAGGACGGCAGCAGGCGAUCAAGCUGCAACAGGAGCAGCAGAAGGAAGAGGAAGCUGCAGCAGAGAAGCACAAACAAGAGGAAGAUCAGGGAAAGCGUCAGGCCGAGGCGGCUGCUCGAAAACGUCGCGCGUCCAAUGGAGACGGGGCCAGCAGUGACGGUGGCACUGUCAGCGAAGCGUCGGACGACGAGCAUCGCCAGACCAACGGUCGCGCUCACAAAAAGAGGCGCAGGCUCGUCGCCGGUGAAAGCUCGGAUGACGAGGCCACCUCCGACAACGACAACGACGUCCACCAUAAGCGCGACGGCAACGACAUCGACGCUGACGACAAACAAGACACCCGCGCCGAGGACGAAGACAAGCCGACCGAAGCCCCCGAUCUCGAAACCAAGGUGUCCAUCCUCUCUGCGCUCAUCGAUGCCGCCGUCAUGGCCGACAGCGUAGCCGAAGAACUCAAGCUCGCCGCCGACAACAUCGCCGCCAUGGAUCGCGAGCACCGAGCGGCCAACCUCGAUAUGGAGAAGGAGAUGGUCGACGAGCUCGCCGAGCUCAACCGGCGCGCGCCGAGCAUCGUCUCGCCCGAGUAUCAGAAGUGGAAGGCGGAGAAGGCGCAGCUCGAGCAGGACCACGCGUGGCGCAGGCAGGAUGCGAGGGUGACCUCGGAGCUGGCGGUGGACACGCAUGCUCUGCGGACGGGACCGUUGGGAGUGGAUGUGGAUGGCCGCGAGUAUUGGCAUUUGCGAGAGUAUCAGGAGAGGAUGCCGAAGUAUACCGAGGGGAGGUAUGCGUGGUGUUUGGUGGUCAUGGGGCCUGCGUUCCCGAGCGAUCCGAAUCGGAAGAAGGAGGAGGCGAAGGAGGAGGAUCAAGGGGAUACUAGUAAGGGAGAUGCAGCUGGCGACGAUGGAGUAGGGGAAGAUGGAGACGAUAGCGGGCUCACUUCGCUCGAUGCAUCCACCACCACCACCGGCGACGACACUAAACCCGAACUUCCCGACACCACGGACGAAAAGCAUCUCAACCUCGGCCUGCCCCCCUCCAGCAUCUGCAUGGGCGCCAACGAUCCCUCCACCAUCAAAACCCUGAUCGACUACCUCCGCUUCCGGCUCGAGCACGUCGAGUACCAGGAAAACGUCUCGAUCCAGCAGCGCGAAAGGGCAGCGCGUGGCGACCAUCCCUCCGAAGCGGCAGCCGAGAGCAUGUACAGCAUCCGCAAAGCCAAACAGACGCUCAAGGAUACGCAGGACGAGAGACGCAAGCAGGUCGAACAGCUGAUCAAGCGGCUUGGGAGUUCCAAGGAGUACUUUGCCUGGCAUCGCGAGGAGGUCGCCCCGUGA